GCUGGGCGGUUGUGUCGCACGUUUUUGUACAACAACAUUGAUAAUUUCAUUGUUUAUAAACAGAAUUCGUCAAUAUAAGCUAUCGGAACAAUGUUUUUAUGAAUAAAGUUAAUAACGUUCGCUACUAAACUAUAUGAAUCCUACGUUAGCAGUGUUUCUUGUAAAUUUGUUACGUUUUAUUCGAGUGUAUAAUCUUGUAUCGGCGAGAACUGCUUCGUUGAUUUGGACGGUGUUUGAAAAUGUGAAAUAAAAUUGAAUAUUGUGUUGUUUGUGAACAUUUGAGACUGAGAUGAAGGUUGACGGUUUCGUUUAUGUAUGAGAAACUGAAAGGAAAAGGUGGAACGAUGAAGUGGUAUAUUUUUGUGUUCUUGCUGCCCUCGUGUUUGGCUCAUCUCAAUGUUUACCUGAGUAGUGCAGAAGUAUGGAGACUACUAGGACUAACAGCGGAACUGUUCUACGUGCGAGAGGGACAGAUAAACUUCUACGCGCUGAACUUUGUGGUGCCAGUGCCGGCCACCAUCGGAGAACUGCAUUUUACGUGGCAAAGCUUAACGAGGAGACCGUUACCGUACUCGCUAAACGUGGAAGUAGUAUCGAAUGCGAACGCAAUGCACCCACCUACGUUCAACAUUACAAGAGAAGGAUUCGUUCCGACGGAACCGCGAACAUGGAAAAUCGAUUUGCCGUGCACGCACACUGUCGACGCCGAAGUGGACAUUACGAUAUCUCUGAACGUCUCUAUGGGAUCAACAUCCACCACGCUUCACUUCAGAAGGAGGAAGAUUUGUUUAAAAGAUGCACCGAGGCCGGCGGUUAGGGUUGACAGCGUUGCUCAGGCACCUACAUCAGCAGACAUAUUCUAUGCGGGAGCUGGCUGUGCAGGCGCCGCGAUUCUGAUAGCCGCAGUGGCGGCAGCAGCCUGUAGAGCCCGAGCGAGGAAACUCCGACGCGCACGCAGCGACGAACAAGAUGCACAUGCUUUCCUCCCAGAUUCCUCUUGCAAGUCAGCAGCCAGUUAUACCAGCUACCGCCGUCCUACUUCCAUUCCCGCAGCCGCAGCGGAAGAGCGAGCGAGGGACCUGCAACAGAGAAUAGCAGAGUUGACGAUUCAAAGAUGUCGUGUCAGACUGCGCUCGGUAGCAAUGGAGGGAACUUUCGGCAGGGUGUAUAAGGGAACGUAUGCUGAUGAGGAUGCCAGGGAACAGGAGGUGCUUGUCAAGACUGUUGCGGAACAUGCGUCGCAAGUGCAGGUAUCAUUGCUACUACAAGAAGGCUGCAUGCUCUACGGUCUCCGCCAUGAGCGUGUACUAUCAGUGCUCGGCGUGAGCAUCGAAGACCAAACUGCUCCAUUCCUCCUGUACCCAUGGGGCGCUACCUGGAGAAACCUGAAGCAAUUCCUUCUGGCGUGUCGAGGAGUAAACGUAGGCGGGGCGGCGGGGAGCGUACCACCGCCGCCGCCGCUUACAACACAACAUGUCGUCAGAAUGGCACUACACGCGCUGGAUGGAUUAGCGUUUUUGCACUCGCAACAUGUCUUACACAAAGACAUUUCAGCCAGAAAUUGCGUUGUCGACGAAAACCUCCGAGUGAUGAUCGCCGACAACGCCCUCUCCCGCGAUCUGUUCCCCGCCGACUACCACUGUUUAGGCGACAACGAGAACCGGCCCAUCAAGUGGCUGGCGCUCGAAGCGCUGAGCAAGCGCCAGUUCAGCCCGGCGGCCGAUGUCUGGGCGCUAGGGGUUCUACUGUGGGAGUUGACCACGUUGGCUCACCAGCCGUACGCGGAGGUGGACCCGUUCGAGGUCGCAGCGUAUCUGAGGGACGGGUACCGGUUACAACAGCCGGCGAACUGUCCUGAUGAAUUGUUCGCAGUAAUGGCGUACUGUUGGGCCAUGUCGCCCGAUGAUCGGCCCACGCUGCCGCAGCUACAAAUCUUCCUAAGGGACUUCCACACGCAACUCACGAGAUUCGUUUAGUGUGAAAAACUAUUUGUGUACAGUCAACGAACAUAGUGAAACAACAGUGAACACAGUGAACAAAAGUUACUAGAGUGUAUAAAAAAAACACAGUGAAAUCAAACUUUUUCUACUGUGAAAAUAAUAGACCAUUGCGAUGAAUAAAAUAAGACAAUGGAUAGAACAAUAAAAUAUUUCAAACGUUAGGGGCCUUAAACAAGUGCGUUUUACCCUUUCGUGUUCUUGAAUAAAAAGUGGAGAUUAUAUACAGAGACUGAUUUUAUUUAGUUGUACAUUUUAGAUGUCGGGUGACGCUUAUAUUGAAUUCGUCUUCUGUCUUUUUAAUACGAUAAAUUAUUAUUUGAGCAUUCAACUAUUUAUCUUGUUGACUUAGUUGGAUGUGAUAUUCAAAUAAUAAUUUGUUCUGUGCCAACAUUACGAAGUACAAAUUCAAGAUAAUCGUCAUCUAAUUUACUUAUAAAUUUAAUUAUUGUUUGGAACCUCAUUACUGCCAUACUAGAUUAAACUUGGUUUGUAAAUAUUGAUUAGAACUAAAGUUUAGUUACAUUGUGAUUGUAUGUAUGAUACGUAUAUUAAAUGUGCCUCAGAUUUUAUGAAAGAUUUUAGAUGUUUAAUAGAGAAAAUAUAAACUAAAUUAAGACUGGUAUAGAAUACAAUUUAAUCGACUUUGCCUAUUAUAUUGCCAACUUAUAUCUACCUAGACUAGACACAUAAUUUUACAGACUGCUAAAAUUCAUAUUUUGUCAUGUUAUUUAUAAGGGCCACUUUGCACCACCCGCUUAACUCAAGGUUAAUGGGCUGUCGACUGCCAAAUUCCAUGUAAAAUGGUGGGUUAACCCUCCAUUUUCGGUGGUGCAAGUGACCCUAAGUUACUUAACAAUUAACUUACCUUAUGAAGAAAACAUUUUAAUAAAAUAAAUUCGCCAUUAACAGCUGGAACACAAUUUUAUGUGGGUAUUAGCAGUCUUUAUAGCUCACGAUCUCUGAUAUCUACUGAUCUUUACGUCGUGUUAUUCACUUCAUAGCCUCUUAAAAUUUUAAUGUAAACUGUUUAUAGUACCUACUCUUAUUAUAAUAUCGUAAGUACCCAAAGUUGAGUAACAGGCCGUGAAGAUAAAAUGUAAAC